AUGUUAGCUGCUCUGGUUGAAAGGUGGAGGCCUGAAACUCACACCUUUGUAUUGCCGAUCGGUGAGGUUACAGUGACAUUAGAGGAUGUCGCUCAUAUAUUCGGCCUACCCAUUGAUAGAGAGCCUGUCAGUGGAUGGACAGAUAGUAGUAGCGAGUUCGUUCAAAGUCAGGGCAUAGCGAUAUUCGGUCGUAAGCCAUCAGUCAGUCAUAAUGCGAAGUCCUAUAUAAAGCUGGGUUGGGUUCGAUGUAUCAGAGACGCAGAGCCGUUGGACACUGAGGAGUCCAUCAAGAGAUACAUCAGAUGUCAAAUCUUCUAUUUGUUAGGGUCGACCCUACUCACGGACAAGUCGACCGCAUAUGCCCAUGCGAAAUAUCUACCAUUGCUUCGCGUUUUCGAUCGGAUCCAUACUUAUAGUUGGGGGUCAGUAUGUCUCACACAUCUUUACAGAACAUUAUGCCGUGCAUCACGAUAUGAUACAAAGGAGAUGGAUGUCCCUCUGAAUCUGUUGUUUGUUUGGGCAUGA